AUGAUUGCUGGAGGAUUUGCAGGAGGAGGAAUAACUAAGUCCUCUCGCAAAAGGCAUUUGAAGGAGGUCUAUCAGGUCGGGAAAAAUGAAGAGGUUUUCGACCUACCUACAAUAACCUUCACCAAAGAAGAUGUACGAGAAGUAAUCCCUGGUCAUGAUGAUCCAAUGGCGAUAACAAUGAUUCUAGCCAAUGCUAAUAUUCACAGGGCAUUGCUUGGUCUCGAAGGAGUUAAAAGGGUCAAGAAGUUUUUCUACCGCAUUCCAACAGCGGUGCUCCAUGACACCGUGAAGUUUGAUUGUUCCACAAUCGGCAGUAACGAGGACUUGCAGGUUAUGUUUCUUUGUCGUAGGCAGUUUCCCGAGGUAAGGACACCAGAGUUGUUGGCUAAGUUGGUUGAUGUGGUAUCUAGCUCGGGUGGUUCAAACCGGAAUGCGAAUACUAUAGCCGCAGUUGCCGGGUCGAGCUCGAGACCUGCUGUUGCUUCGUCCUCUGCUCCUGUGUAUGAGCCACCAAUGCAGCCUGUUGCGUCCCCUUCGUUUGCCGUAGAUCUGGGCGGGAAUGUUGGAGAUGAGGUUCGGCAUGGGGAACAUAUUCCCACCGAGGUACAUUGUCCCACACCGGCUGGUGUUGGUGAUGGUUUGUUUGAUGAUCCAGAUGACGAUGACGUGGAGCCGGAUAUGAUCGCUGAUGAAAGCGGCGAUGAUGUUGGAACUACUGUUCCGAGAAGGGCUACAGGUGGAUCUAGUUCUGGCACACAGCAGUAUCCACCCCAUUUUUCCUCGUUGGACCUGGAUGCCAUGCGGCAGGACGAAAAUGCUCUGCUGCCCUCAGGAUUUGGCGCUAGAGAUACCGAGGGGUCUGCCGGUGUGAACGAGUUUCAGGUUGGCCAACAAUUUCAGGAUAAAGAUGAGGCGCUGUUCAAUGUGAAGACGUACAGUAUCCGCCGAGGGGUCCAGUACAAGGUCGUUGAGUCUGACUAUCGGAGGUAUGUGGGAAAGUGUUCUGAGUUUGGGAAUGGGUGCACAUGGCUCAUUCGGAUGAGUCUCCGACAGCGGAAGGGUAUCUGGGAAGUGAAGCGAUACAAUGGUCCGCAUACAUGUCUCGCCAGCUCCAUCUCCAGCGACCAUAGGAGUUUGGACUACCAUGUGAUAUCCACCUUCAUUAUGCCGAUGGUUAGGGCUGAUGCAGCUGUGAACAUCAAGGUGCUUCAAAAUGCCACGGUCGCACAAUUUGGGUUCAGGCCAACGUACAGGAGGGUAUGGAUGGCGAAGCAGAAGGCCGUUGCCGUCAUAUAUGGGGACUGGGACGAGUCGUACAACGAGCUCCCUAGGUGGGUUUUAGGAGUUCAGCUGACGAUGCCUGGCACUGCAUUCCGUCAUUGCAAGCCUCUGGUGAGUAUUGAUGGGACCCAUCUAUAUGGGAAGUAUGGGGGAACACUGCUAGUCGCCAUUGCACAGGACGGAAACUCGAACAUCCUCCCCGUGGCAUUUGCACUAGUCAUACAUACAAUAACAAAGAUAACCAACCAAUAA